AUGUCUUCUUCGUUUUCGGUUCUUGAUCUUGACGAUGGGUGGGCAAGUGUCGACGCCUGGGAGAGCCCAGACAUUGUCUCGGCUGCGCUAGCCUUCGAAGCUGAAAAGGACGCCGCCAAACUAGAGAGAAAGUUGGAACUUGAAAACAACACCCACGAACGCCUAGCUGAAGAGGUCAGAGGCCAUAUGGCUGAAAUGGCAAGUAUGCUCAAAAAGGUCGAGUCGAGCACCGCAACAAGAAGGGAGAUGGAGCGCCUCUCUGAUCUUGACAAGGAGAUGAAACGCCUCAAGGCCGAUCUCACAGCCACAAAGUCCGCCAUCAAGAGCUACACCGAAGAAAUGCUCAAAUCAAAGUCCACGGCAAAAACCUACGCCCUGAUGAAGACGGUCAAGGACCGCGACAUUCGCAGUGUCAUGCGAUUUAUCAAAGACGCCGAAACUGUGGAUUUGGCGUUUCUUCUUGAUUGCACGGGCUCCAUGGGCCCACACAUUGAGGCUGCCAAAUCUUGCAUCAAGGAGAUUGUGCGCCGCGUCAAGCGCACAAAUGAAGGUUUGAAGCUCAGAGUGGCUGUCAUUGGGUAUCGUGAUAUUUACAAUCGCGACGAACGCUUCGAAACAUUGGACUUCACUGAAUCUUCAGAAGAGUUUGAAAGGUUUGUUUCGGCAUUGUCACCGAUCGGAAAUGACGACCCUCCCGAGGACAUUGCUGGUGCUGUCCAGAAGGCAUGUACCCUUUCGUGGCAGCAAACCUCCAGGAUCACCUUUCUCAUUGCAGACUUUCCUUGUCACGGUAGUCAAUAUCACAAUUACCUCCGUGAUAACUAUCCAUCCGGAACACCUGGUGUUUGUAUUGAAGCACAGCUGAAGAGGCUCAUGAGCUUGGGAGGCGAAGCUGGAAUGCAGUUACAUUUUGGUCGGAUCACAAAAAACACGGACAAAAUGAUUCGAGUCCUUCAAACGAAGGGAUUUGAGUUUGAUGAGUGCGAUGUCAAAGAUCCAGGAAAGCUCACAUCCUCUGUGGCUUCAAGCGUUCGCAAGUCCAUCUCAAAGAGUGUCACUGCGUCCAAGUCCAAGUCUGGUGCUCAUCGGGAACCUGAGACACUCAUGGAAUAUGUAAUCUGCGAUGCCAAGCCAUCAGGUGAAGCUUGGAAGUCUCUCAAACUUUGCCCCGUCAAGGUUUUGUGCAACAAGCCAAUCAGCUCUGUCAACGAACUGAAAAAUCCAUUGCACUUUGGGCUUGUCCGUUGGGGAAAGUCACCCUCGACCGAGGCGGAAGAAAAGAUGGUGCUGAUGCGCCGUGCCAAGGAUCCUUUUGCGCAAGGAGAGAUGCGCUUGGCCUACUAUGGCAAGCUUGGAAUGGAUGAGGCUUCACUCAUGUCCACCAAGGGAGACAAGAUCUUGAAGACAUUCAAGAAGACUGGAAAGUCUUCAUCGGAACGAAAGCGUUAUCUGGCCCAAAUGGAAGUCUCCAACAUUGCCCACUUUUUGGCCGAGGAAUACAACAAGACUCAUCGCCCCGAUCACUGCCCCAAGAUUCGAUUCCUCUCUGUGUAUGUUGUUGAAGAAAGCGAAACUGGCACGGAACGCUAUUGUGCUGAAGACCAGCUCCCAGGUGCUGCAACUUCCUUUACCAAGUACAGCAACAACACUGGUUACUGGAACGAAGAUGAGAUCAAUCAAAGCCUUCUUCUUUUCACUCGCUUCACUCAUGAGAAAACCGGAGGAUAUUUGAUGGUCACUGACUUGCAGGGCGUUCGUCAAGGCGAUGAGUUCAUUCUCACGGACCCUGCAAUUUUGUGUAAAGAUAAGACUCGCUUUGGAGAGACCAAUCUUGGCCAUGUUAUCAUUGAAAAGUGCAUGAAGGCCACAGAAGCAAUGCUUGAAGAGUAUGGCUGGGAUGAUUGAACAAACACUUGACUCGUUUCUUUACUUAACCAGCUCUUGACUCCUCGAUUGAUUCAUUGGAUGAUUCAUUGAUGAUUGACGACUCGCUGAUGAUUGACUGGAUGCACAGCCACUCAAAAACACAAAACUCUUUUCUGCCACUCUUUUCUGCCUUGACCGACCCAGACAAAUUUCAAACCGCAUUGUAUGCUCUUUAUUCUUGAUCGAAUGACCACGAUAUCCAAAUGACCUUGCUCUUCAAUUUCCCGAAACCCAAACAGUAUAACCCUAACAACAUGAAAGUAGUAUCAACACACCAUCAAAUGGACUCUCCCGAGUAUUUCCUUCCGUUCCUUCCAUGCCU